AUGGCAAUUGGAAAGAAAAUCCAAGCCUGUUUCCGGGAAAUGUUCCUCUGCUGUACAGGAUGGGAUGACGCAGAACAAAAUCAGCAAGAAAGGCCUCUGGUCAUUAGCAACCCAACAAACUUUCGCCGCGAGGAGAUCAACAUCCCAGGCCUGACACAAUCCCAAGAACGUCUGAUCCGUGAAAAAGCCACCAGCGACGCCCAACGAAUGUGGAGCCAUCUUUCUCCCCUGCGAUCAUCUCCCAGUGGGAACUUUGCUGAAAGACCUCCGCCUGGUCCACCACCUACCUAUGAAGAAUUCACCCAGCCAAGAUCUCCGCCCUCCACGCCAGCGCAGAAGCACAGCUCUCUAGAUGCGAUGCCGUCGCCAGUGCAAGAAGUUUCGCCGGGAAGGACGGGCAGAAUGGAGAGGGUCCGAGCACAUGGCAGGAAGAUCUCGGGAAACCUAAGGCCAAGACCCACGACCAUGAUUCAACCACGAGGCGAGCCUCUCGAGUUGGCGAUGCUGGGCAAGAGAAGUGAGGAUUCCGGGCUGGAGGRCGAGGAGGRAAGAGACGUUCUCGGGAAAGGACUCGGGCUGAGCUUGGGAUUCAGCGACCGCAAGGAUGGUGGGUUGCAGUGA